UCAGCGGUAAACCAUCAGAGUCUCAGCAUGAAAGUCUCUCACACUUUGAUCUGCUUCUUCUUCCUCUUCUCUCUGCAGGAUGGAAACACCGGUCUCGUCAGUGACCAAUUCUCUGUCUAUUCAGGAAUUGAAGGAGAAGAUGUCAGAGUAGAAUGCUUCAUUCCUUCUAAUAGAGGCAAGGAGUUCUUCUGUAAGGAAAAAUGUGAAGAAGAAGACAUUCUCAUUGAAACAACUGAUACCCCAGCUCAGAGUGGCAGAUACAGCAUUGAUUAUGUAGAUGGAUAUUCUUUUGUCACCAUCACUCAGCUGACCAAGUCUGACUCAGGACGCUACAGGUGUGCAGCGGUUACACAAGAGGUUUCAUACAAGUGUAUUGGAAUCAUUGUUGUUGAUGCAAUGCUGGAUGGUGGUCCUUUUGCAGAAAAAACAAUUGAUGCUAGAACUGGAGGGAAUAUUGUAGUUCGAUGCUCCUUUACUCAAUAUGGAGACAAGAAGUACUUCUGCAAGGGAGAAUGUGAAGGAGAAGACAAUCUUGUUGAAACAACUAGUAAAUCAGAUCAUGAAAAUGGCAGAUACAGGAUCAGAUAUACUCAUAGAUUUUCAACUUAUUUUCUGUUUGUGAGCAUCGACCAGCUGACCCAGUCUGACUCAGGAUGGUACAGGUGUGGUCUGGGCAGACCUGACUCUAAAGAUCUAUACCAGAGGUUUAGGCUCAUCGUCACUGCUGCCUCGACACCAACAGCAAACCAAAGUGAAAGCUCCACAACUACAGGUGUGAUCCUGUAUGUGUUUCUGACUCUGGUCGUCCUGGUCAUCGUGUCAUCACUGUCUGUGCUGGUAUUCUGCAGGAAGAGGAUUUGUAAAGCCAAAGAACCUCGUGUGGAAACACAAAAUGCUUCUGCACCAGAGGCUGAAGACGACCCGAGUCAACACGCCUACUCUGAGAUCAAAUUUGUCAGCGUCGGCUCUUCCCAAAGCAGUUUCCACGGUGACGCUGAGCGUGUUAUCUACUCUGUUCCUCAGGUGGAAGCUAGCUCUGAUGAGCCCCCUCUGUACUCUACUGUUAACAACCCCCAAUAACUCUCACAGUCUGGCAGAAGAAGCUACAGAUGUAGCACUCCAGAUAGGACUCCACCCAGUGGAUUCCAACCAAAAACCCAGUGGAUCCCAGUGGCUGGAGGCAUUGCCAAAUUGCUAGAGGGCGUUGCCAAAUUACCCCAUUUGUUCAAUUACAGGAUUUAACCAUGAGAUGGCGCUUCAUUCACAAAACACAAAAAGACAACUGGGUGUUGAUGAACUUAGUCUG